CUGGCUGCUUCCCCACAGGACGACUGGAGGUGCCUGCAGGUCCCGGCCGAGCCAUGGCCCCCUGGCGCAAAACUGACAAGGAGCGAUAUGGAGUGGCCAUAUACAACUUCCAAGGGAGUGGGACCCCCCAACUCUCCCUGCAGAUCGGUGAUGUGGUACGAAUACAGGAGACCUGUGGAGACUGGUAUAGGGGAUACCUUGUAAAGCACAAAAUGUUACAGGGCAUUUUUCCAAAAUCCUUUAUCUACAUCAAAGAUGUGACAGUGGAGAGAAAAAGAAAUAUCGAGAACAUUAUUCCUGCAGAAAUUCCUCUGGCACAAGAAGUGACAACAACACUUUGGGAAUGGGGCAGCAUCUGGAAACAGCUCUAUGUGGCCAGCAAGAAGGAGCGCUUUCUCCAGGUGCAGUCCAUGAUGUACGACUUGAUGGAGUGGCGGUCGCAGCUCCUCUCAGGAACUUUACCCAAGGACGAGCUAAAGGAACUGAAGCAGAAAGUCACGUCCAAAAUUGACUAUGGCAACAAAAUCCUUGAGCUUGAUCUGAUUGUCAGAGAUGAAGACGGAAAUAUCUUGGACCCUGAUAAUACCAGUGUCAUCAGCUUGUUCCAUGCACAUGAAGAAGCGACUGAUAAAAUCACAGAGCGUAUUAAAGAAGAGAUGUCAAAAGAUCAGCCUGAUUAUGGAAUGUAUUCCCGGAUCUCCUCAUCCCCUACCCAUAGCCUCUAUGUCUUUGUGAGAAACUUUGUGUGCAGAAUUGGGGAAGAUGCUGAGCUCUUCAUGUCUCUCUAUGACCCCAACAAGCAAAUGGUCAUAAGUGAGAACUACCUGGUGCGAUGGGGCAGCAGGGGCUUCCCGAAGGAGAUCGAGAUGCUCAAUAACCUGAAGGUGGUCUUCACGGAUCUUGGAAACAAAGACCUCAACAGGGACAAAAUUUACUUAAUCUGUCAAAUAGUCCGAGUUGGGAAGAUGGACCUUAAGGACACGAACACAAAGAAGUGCACACAGGGACUGAGGCGGCCCUUUGGGGUGGCAGUUAUGGAUAUAACAGACAUCAUCAAGGGGAAAGCGGAAAGUGAUGAGGAAAAGCAGCACUUCAUUCCUUUUCACCCGGUGACAGCUGAGAAUGACUUCCUGCACACCCUGCUGGGCAAAGUCACCGCCUCCAAGGGGGACAGCGGAGGGCAAGGCCUCUGGGUGACCAUGAAGAUGCUCGUGGGUGACAUCAUUCAGAUCCGCAAGGACUACCCACACCUCGUGGACAGGACCACCGUGGUGGCCAGGAAGCUGGGAUUCCCAGAGAUCAUCAUGCCAGGGGACGUCAGGAAUGACAUCUACAUCACUCUCUUACAAGGCGACUUUGACAAGUACAACAAGACCACACAGAGGAACGUGGAAGUGAUCAUGUGUGUGUGUGCGGAGGACGGCAAAACGCUGCCUAAUGCAAUUUGUGUGGGAGCUGGGGACAAGCCUAUGAAUGAAUACCGGUCCGUUGUAUACUAUCAAGUCAAACAGCCACGGUGGAUGGAAACAGUCAAGGUGGCUGUCCCUAUUGAAGACAUGCAGCGGAUCCACCUGCGAUUCAUGUUUCGACAUCGGUCAUCCCUGGAAUCUAAAGACAAAGGAGAAAAAAACUUUGCCAUGUCCUACGUGAAGCUGAUGAAGGAAGAUGGGACCACUCUGCAUGAUGGAUGCCAUGACUUGGUUGUCCUAAAGGGAGACAGCAAGAAAAUGGAGGACGCCAGCUCUUACCUGACGCUUCCUUCUUACCGACACCACGUGGAGAACAAGGGGGCCACCUUGAGUCGAAGCUCCAGCAGUGUUGGGGGGCUGUCUGUCAGCUCCCGGGAUGUCUUCUCCAUAUCCACACUGGUGUGCUCCACAAAGCUCACCCAGAAUGUGGGCUUGCUGGGUUUGCUUAAGUGGCGUAUGAAGCCACAGCUGCUACAGGAGAAUUUAGAAAAAUUGAAGAUUGUUGAUGGAGAAGAAGUGGUAAAGUUUCUCCAGGAUACUCUGGAUGCACUCUUCAACAUCAUGAUGGAGCAUUCUCAAAGUAAUGAGUAUGACAUCCUCGUCUUUGAUGCUUUGAUCUACAUAAUAGGUCUCAUUGCUGACCGGAAGUUCCAGCAUUUCAACACUGUCCUGGAGGCUUACAUUCAACAGCAUUUCAGUGCUACCCUAGCUUACAAGAAAUUGAUGACGGUGCUGAAGACUUACUUGGACACCUCCAGCAGAGGAGAGCAAUGUGAACCAAUCCUAAGAACACUGAAAGCUUUGGAAUAUGUAUUCAAGUUCAUUGUUCGGUCAAGGACAUUAUUUUCACAGCUUUACGAAGGCAAGGAGCAGAUGGAGUUUGAAGAAUCCAUGAGACGGCUCUUUGAAUCCAUCAACAACUUGAUGAAAAGUCAGUGUAAAACAACCAUCCUUUUGCAGGUGGCAGCUUUGAAGUACAUCCCAUCUGUCCUCCAUGAUGUGGAAACUGUCUUUGAUGCAAAGUUACUCAGCCAACUCCUCUAUGAAUUCUACACGUGCAUCCCCCCCGUGAAGCUGCAGAAGCAGAAAGUCCAGUCCAUGAAUGAGAUAGUCCAGAGCAAUCUCUUUAAAAAACAAGAAUGCCGGGACAUUCUGCUUCCUGUCAUCACCAAGGAACUGAAGGAGCUACUGGAGCAGAAGGAUGAUAUGCAACACCAGGUCCAGGAGAAGAAGUACUGUGUCGAAUUACUCAACAGCAUUUUGGAGGUCCUCAGCUGUCAGGACGCGGCCUUCACCUACCACCACAUCCAAGAAAUCAUGGUCCAGCUGCUUCGCACGGUGAACCGGACAGUCAUCACGAUGGGGCGGGAUCAUGUUCUGAUUAGUCACUUUGUAGCAUGUAUGACAGCCAUCUUAAACCAGAUGGGCGACCAGCACUAUUCCUUCUACAUUGAGACCUUCCAGACCAGCUCUGAACUCGUGGACUUCCUGAUGGAGACGUUCAUCAUGUUCAAGGACCUCAUUGGGAAAAACGUGUACCCUGUGGACUGGAUGGCCAUGAGCAUGGUUCAGAACAGGGUCUUCCUGAGAGCUAUCAACAAGUUUGCAGAAACCAUGAACCAGAAGUUCCUGGAAAACACAAACUUUGAGUUCCAGCUGUGGAACAACUAUUUUCAUCUGGCAGUGGCGUUUAUCACUCAGGAUUCUCUACAGCUGGAACAGUUCUCGCACGCCAAAUACAACAAAAUCCUGAAUAAGUACGGGGACAUGAGACGGCUAAUUGGCUUCUCCAUCCGUGAUAUGUGGUACAAGCUUGGCCAGAACAAAAUCUGCUUCAUCCCAGGCAUGGUGGGACCCAUAUUAGAGAUGACUCUUAUCCCUGAGGCUGAGCUCCGGAAAGCCACCAUCCCAAUCUUCUUCGACAUGAUGCUGUGUGAAUAUCAAAGGAGUGGGGAUUUCAAAAAGUUUGAAAACGAGAUCAUCCUCAAGCUGGAUCAUGAAGUGGAAGGUGGCCGAGGGGACGAGCAGUACAUGCAGCUGCUGGAGUCAAUCCUGAUGGAGUGUGCUGCGGAGCACCCGACCAUCUCCAGGUCGGUGGAGAACUUUGUGAACCUGGUCAAAGGCCUUCUGGAGAAGCUGCUGGAUUACCGGGGCGUCAUGACGGAUGAGAGCAAAGACAACCGCAUGAGCUGCACUGUGAACCUGCUGAAUUUCUACAAAGAUAAUAAUCGGGAAGAGAUGUAUAUAAGGUACCUGUACAAACUCCGUGACCUUCACCUGGACUGUGACAACUACACAGAGGCUGCCUAUACACUCCUUCUCCACACCUGGCUUCUCAAGUGGUCAGAUGAGCAGUGUGCAUCGCAGGUCAUGCAGACAGGCCAGCAGCACCCGCAGACCCACCGGCAGCUGAAGGAGACACUCUAUGAUAUCAUCAUAGGCUACUUUGACAAAGGAAAGAUGUGGGAAGAGGCCAUCAGUCUGUGCAAGGAGUUGGCAGAACAGUAUGAGAUGGAAAUCUUUGACUAUGAGCUGCUGAGCCAGAACUUGAUCCAGCAGGCAAAAUUCUAUGAAAACAUCAUGAAAAUCCUCAGACCGAAGCCAGACUACUUUGCUGUUGGGUACUACGGCCAGGGUUUCCCCUCGUUCCUCCGGAACAAAGUGUUCAUCUACCGAGGGAAGGAGUAUGAGCGAAGAGAAGAUUUCCAGAUGCAGCUGAUGAGCCAGUUCCCCAAUGCAGAGAAGAUGAACACAACCUCUGCUCCUGGGGAUGAUGUGAAGAACGCCCCAGGCCAGUACAUCCAGUGUUUCACCGUCCAGCCUGUCUUGGAUGAACACCCGAGGUUCAAGAAUAAGCCGGUGCCUGACCAGAUUAUAAACUUUUACAAAUCCAACUAUGUGCAAAAGUUCCACUACUCCCGGCCAGUGCGCAGGGGGGCCGUCGAUCCCGAGAAUGAGUUUGCCCAACAGACCACAAUUAGCCCUCUGGAGAAUGCCAUCGAAACCAUGUCCACCGCCAAUGAGAAGAUCCUGAUGAUGAUAAACCAGUAUCAGAGUGACGAGACCCUCCCCAUUAACCCGCUCUCCAUGCUCCUGAAUGGGAUCGUGGACCCUGCUGUCAUGGGAGGGUUCGCCAAGUACGAGAAGGCCUUCUUCACUGAAGAGUACACCCGGGAGCACCCAGAGGACCAGGACAAGCUGACGCGCCUCAAGGACCUGAUCGCCUGGCAGAUCCCUUUCCUGGGAGCUGGCAUUAAGAUCCACGAGAGAAGAGUGUCAGAAAAUCUGCGGCCCUUCCACGACCGGAUGGAGGAAUGUUUCAAGAACCUGAAAGUGAAGGUGGAAAAGGAAUAUGGUGUCAGAGAGAUGCCCGACUUCGAGGACAGGCGUGUGGGUCGGCCCCGGUCCAUGCUGCGCUCCUACAGGCAGAUGUCCAUCAUCUCCAUGGCUUCCCUGAACUCGGACUGCAGCACGCCCAGCAAGGCCACCUCCGAGAGCUUCGACCUGGAAAUAGCACCUCCCAAGACUCCAAAAGUGGAGCAGGAGGAACCCAUCUCCCCAGGGAGCACUCUGCCUGAGGUCAAGCUGCGGAGGUCCAAGAAGAGAGCCAAGAGGAGCAGUGUGGUGUUCGCAGACGAGAAGCCAUCAGCAGAGUCAGACCUGAAGCGGCUCUCCAGGAAGCAUGAGUUCAUGAGUGACACCAACCUUUCGGAGCACGUGGCCGUCGCCCCCAGGGCAUCCAUCCUCUCUCAGAUGAGCUUUGCCAGUCAGUCCAUGCCCACCAUCCCAGCCCUCACACUCUCGGUGGUCGGCGUGCCUGGGACGGACGAGGCCAGCGCAUCCCCCCGCCUCAGCCAGACCUUCCUGCAUCUGUCAGAUGGUGACAAGAAGACGCUCAAGAGGAAGAAAGUGAACCAGUUCUUCAAGACAAUGCUGGCUGGCAAACCUGCAGAAGAAGGCAAGCCGACCUCUGACUCCAUGUCCACCGACCUGUGAGAUGCUGCUGACCACGGCUGUGCCUGGGGAGACGGGGAUGGGGGUUUCUGGAAUUGGAGACAGGCAGUGGGACAUUGAUGCCUCAAAGAGAGGGGAGCCCAUCCAUCAGUGGCCUGCACUCACACAGAGAGAGUGGGCUGCUCCGGGCCCCACUGUCACUGGUGAUAGACCUAGCAUCACCAGGGCCACUCACCCAGGUGCUGAGUGACGACGCCCCGUUUGGAUUCUUAGCCACACAAGGAACCACCAAGGAUGCCUUCUCCCAGAAUAUCUCCCCAUCAUCCUGGGCAUGUGUUUUUACAACCCAGUUUAUUAGAUAUAAGGAGCUAUAUUUUUGUGGUGUGUUUCAUUUUCUAAGUCCUAGCACUUAACAGAACAGCUCUUAAAUAUUCUUUUAUUUUAUUUUUGGUUAACAGUUUUGUACUUUAUAUUUUUAAUACAACCAGUCUCUUUUCUAGCUGACCAUCUCCAAAGUGUUACUGUUUCUUACUGACAAUAAAAAUGAUUCCAUGACUCAA